AAGGCCAUUUCUGGUCCUCUCACUGCAGGCACGGCAGAAGAGAUGGGCCCCCACCUCACUACCCCCUCCUUUGAGGUGGUUGUGGAGAGCAAUGAGGUCCCCCCGAGUUGUGCCUUUAUUGCCCAACAUAAAUGUUUCCCCCCAUAAUUUCAUUCUGCCCUCAUGUGUUCGGCUGUUUCCCCUGCAGCAGUUCUAAGAACAGUGACUGCUACUAGAACCUACAGGUUUUUGCGCUUUCAAAACAGUAUCUUGAGCGACGACAUAAAUCCAUACAAUAUAUAAAAAAUUUCUUGGGAUUUUAGGGUCUGAAAAAUGCAAAUGCUCCACGAGUGGCCAAUACCGAGGUUUCCAAGAAAAGUCCUAUCAGAAAAGCACAUCAGAACAGCCUGACCCCUGAACUGCCCCAUCCCCACCUCAUGCUUCACUCUGGUCAAGCCCUUGUGCCCACAGCACUCACAUUUUUAGCUUUUAGAUUUUUAUGUCCAACAUGGCACUGCCCAGGAGAGCUCCAGACAGUCACAUUUCUCAAGGCUGAAACUACCUGUUCGCAAUGACAUUUGUUAACCUUCAUCCUUACUUCACACUGUGUUUACUAGAACAGAGUUAUGCUGAGAAUGUGUGUGCAGAUAAUAGACUAAUUCAAACCUUCAGACCAGCUGUUCUCAAAAUCAUACUGUCGCCCAAAUUAAAGCAUAAACAAACAUUUGUGACCGACGUAGCUGCUUCAAAUAAGAGGAUGCCUUGGUCAGUGUUACUCAUUUUGGAACAGACCGAGAGAAAGCAGAAUCAAAAUGAAGAAGUUUCUUGUGUUUGUCUCCUUUUUGGUCCUGAUGACCACUGUUACAGACACUUCACCAAUUUUGUCUGAAAAAGAGGCCAAACAGCUUCUGAGAACUCGUCGUGAAAGCAGACCGAGAAAAGCUGGUUUCCCUGACGAGCCAAUGAGGGAGUAUAUGCUUUAUCUCCAGCGCUUGGAGCAGAGAUCAGAAGAACAAUUCCUUGAACACUGGCUGAAUCCACAUUGUCUCCCCCACUGCAACAGGGAUCUAGUGCAUCCAGUCUAAUGCUUUUGCCUACCCUGCAAUUGAUCUCCAUGGGCACAUGGAUUUAUACUAUGACUGUGUUAGGGAGGAAGAGAUUAUUCCUGCAUUGGCUACGUGCUCAUUGUAGAGCUGAACCUCUUUGCAAUACAGUGCAAUCCUAGUGAUAGAGCAAAACUUCCAGCUACAAGUGGUUACAUAUGUUAUAGACCACCAUAUAUUUUCUACCAGUAAUGAUUGCAUACAUGAAUAAAUGAACCAAGGGUUU